ACAUCUUGCUUUCCACAACUUCACAAAAUCAUAUAUACUUUAGUAGUUAGGCUCAGUAGUUGUGAAAUCAGUGUGGCACAGCAGGGAGCUAGAUUACAGUGCAUUUGGAAAGUAUUCAGACCCCUUGACUUUUUCCACAUUUUGUUACAUUACAGCUUCGUUCUAAAAUUUACUAAAUCGUUUCCCCCCCUCAUCAAUCUACACACAAUACCCCAUGAUAACAAAGCAAAACGUAUUUUUUGUUUUUUUUUGUAAAUGUAUUAAAACAUUUUUUUUUAAGUAGUCUUAAUACUUAGGUAAAUGUAAUACUUAAGACCCUUUACACAGUACUUUGUUGAAGCACCUUCGGCAGUGGUUACAUCCUCAAGUCUUCUUGCGUAUGACACCACAAGCUUGGCACAUCUGUAUUUGGGGAGUUUCUCCCAUUCUUCUCUGCAGAUCCUCUCAAGCUCUGUCAGGUUGGAUGGGGAGCAUCACUGCACAGGUAUUUUCACUCAGACAUGCAGAGACUUGUACCGAAGCCACUCCUGCGUUGUCUUGGCUGCCUACUUAGGGUCAUUGUCCUGUUGGAAGCUGAACCUUCUCCCCAGUCUGAGGUACUGAACACUCUGGAGCAGGUUUUCAUCAAAGAUCUCUUUGUACUUUGCUCCGUUCAUCUUUCCCUCAAUCCUGACUAGUCUCCCAGUCCCUGCCGCUGAAAAACAUCCACACGCAUGAUGCCACCACCAUGCUUCACUGUAGGGAAGGUGCCAGGUUUCUUCCAGAAGUGACGCUUGGCAUUCAAUCUUGGUUUCAUCAGACCAGAGAGUGUUUCUCAUGGUCUGAGAGUCUUUAGAUUCCUUUUGGCAAAGUCCAAGAGGGCUGUCGUGCCUUUUACUGAGGGGUGGUUUCCGUCUGGCCACUCGCCCAUAAAGGUCUGAUUGAUGAAGUACUGCAGAGAUGGUUGUCCUUCUGGAAGGUUCUCCCAUCUCCACAGAGGAACUCGGGAGCUCUGUCAGAGUGACAUUGGGUUUUUGGUCUCCUCCCUGACCAAGUUCUUUCUCCCUCAUUUGGCUGGGUGGCCAGCUCUAGGAAGAGUCUUGGUGGUUCCAAACUUCUUCCAUUUAAGAAUGAUGGAGGCCACUGUGUUCUUCCCCAGAUCUGUGCCUAGAUGCAAUCCUGUCUCUGAGCUCUACGGACAAUACGCACUGCGAAUACGCACCGCAUCGAUUAUAUGCAACGCAGAACACGCUAGAUAAACUGGUAAUAUCAUCAGCCAUGUGUGGUUAACUAGUGAUUAUGAUUGAUUGUUUUUUAUAAGAUACGUUUAAUGCUAGCUAGCAACUUACCUUGGCUUCUUACUGCAUUCGCGUAACAGGCAGUCUCCUCGUGAGUGCAAUGUAAUCAGGUGGUUAGAGCGUUGGACUAGUUAACUGUAAGGUUGCAAGAUUGAAUCCCCGAGCUGACAAGGUAAAAAUCUAUUCUGCCCCUGAACAAGGCAGUUAACCCACUGUUCCUAGGCCAUCAUUGAAAAUAAGAAUGUUUUCUUAACUGACUUGCCUAGUUAGAAUAAGGCUGUAACAUAACAAAAUGUGGAAAAAGUCAAGGGAUCUGAAUACCUUCUGAAUGCCCUGUACCCCCAAAACAUUACAAAUGUUGUUCCUUCUAUUAUUUAGCAAUAAGCAAUUGAACCUACUAAUUGCCAUGUUAUCUGUGACAGCUGACAUCAUAUCCACUGUGGAAUUCAAUCACUCUGGGGAGCUACUAGCCACUGGGGACAAGGGGGGCCGUGUUGUCAUCUUUCAGCAGGAGCUAGAGAGUAAGAACCAGCCACAGUGCCGUGGAGAGUACAAUGUUUACAGCACCUUCCAGAGCCACGAGCCUGAGUUCGACUACCUGAAGAGCCUUGAGAUCGAGGAGAAGAUCAACAAGAUCCGGUGGCUGCCUCAGAAGAACGCUGCACAGUUUCUCUUGUCCACGAAUGAUAAAACUAUAAAGCUGUGGAAAAUCAGUGAACGGGACAAGAGACCAGAGGGGUACAACCUGAAGGAAGAGGAUGGGCGUUAUAGAGACCCCACCACUGUCACAACACUACGGGUCCCAGUGUUUCAUCCCAUGGACCUGAUGGUGGAGGCCAGCCCCCGACGAGUGUUUGCUAACGCGCACACCUACCACAUCAACUCCAUCUCGGUCAACAGCGACUGUGAGACCUACCUGUCUGCCGAUGACCUUCGCAUCAACCUCUGGAACCUGGAGAUCACUGACCGCAGCUUUAACAUUGUGGACAUCAAGCCAGCUAACAUGGAGGAGUUGACGGAGGUGAUCACAGCAGCAGAGUUCCAUCCUAACCAGUGCCACACCUUUGUCUACAGCAGCAGCAAGGGCACCAUCCGCCUCUGUGACAUGAGGGCAUCAGCUCUCUGUGACCAGCACUCCAAGCUGUUUGAAGAGCCUGAGGAUCCAAGCAACCGCUCAUUCUUCUCUGAGAUCAUCUCCUCCAUCUCUGAUGUCAAGUUCAGCCACAGUGGGCGCUACAUGAUGACCCGGGACUACCUCACCGUCAAAAUCUGGGACCUCAACAUGGAGUCCCGUCCAGUAGAGACUUAUCAGGUUCAUGAAUACCUCAGGAGUAAACUGUGCUCACUCUAUGAGAAUGACUGCAUCUUUGAUAAGUUUGAGUGCUGCUGGAAUGGAAACGACAGUGUUGUGAUGACGGGCUCGUACAACAACUUCUUCCGGAUGUUUGACCGAGGCUACCGGCAGGAUGUGACCCUGGAGGCGUCUCGGGAGAGCAGUAAGCCUCGCUCUGUGCUCAAGCCCCGCAAGGUGUGCACAGGUGGGAAACGCAAGAAGGACGAGAUCAGUGUAGACAGCCUGGACUUUAACAAGAAGAUCCUCCACACGGCCUGGCACCCCCAGGACAACAUCAUUGCCGUGGCCACCACUAACAACCUCUAUAUAUUUCAGGACAGACUGUAACUAGUAUUCAAUGAACCCUUCAGGUCCCACUUUAGCCUCAUCUGGAGAAGUGCAGAAAAACACAUCUGUUUUGAUGGCUUUCUUAGUCUUAUUUCCUGUUCAGGGGGCUCCAACAGUACCACACUUCUCCUGGCACAUUGCAACUGAUGUCCACUACAUCCCAAAGGGAACACUUUUCUAACACUCUAGUCUUUUGGUGGGAUAUUGUUUAUUUAGCUAAUUUCCUAUGUUGCUAAUUUCACGGUUUUGGUGCCACAACCAUUUUUAUAUGAACAAGCAUUUUUUCUUUUGAUAGGGAGUUAUUUCAACUGGGUUCCCACCUCCAACCCUCUAUUGUUGACACCGAUUACAAAAUGCCAUUCUGCAUUGACCAAAUUGGCAAGCUGUCAGCUCUCCAUAUUUGUCCCAGGCUGUUUGUCAAGUUGCCAAGUUUCCUCACCCUCAUCUUUCACAUACAGUACACAUUCACUCUUAACAUCGAUGUAGACACACACACAAAGCUCAACUCAGUUGGUGGAUUGGUUUGGGGGUAAUUUCGAGACAACUAUGCCAAAUGCACAGUUGUUAUCCAGUCUGAGACUACAGACAAGGCUUAACAGUCUGGUAUACACAGAUUCCUUCUCCAGAGGUAACCUGCAGUAUGAAGCCGUUGCUUUUCCAAGUAAAUAGUAGUGGUCAGAGGUGCUGCAGGCAGCCUAAUCUCACAUGGAAGGGACUGGUCCCUCUUGCACUUAGUGCCACCAUGUACAGCUCAGCACAGAGGCGCCAGUGCAGUUAUUGUAAGAGAGUCUUCAGGCAGAGGCAUGCCUUGGCCAUAUUGUGCUGACCUGCAUGACUUGUCAGUUUAAAUGUGAGAGGCACUCAUUUGUACCUCUGCUGCUAAGUUCCAUGCAUGUGUCUUGGCUUAUGUUUCUUAUGAAUUGUUUCCCUCUGGAUCAAGUUUUUUGUUUGUAUAUUUUUUAAUGAUAUUUUGUACUUCAGAUAAAUAAUAAUCACUAUAAUUAGUUUAUUUUUGUAUGAACUAAGACAGAAAUAUUGAUAACAUUUAACCCCCUUACACUACUUGGUUUAGUCUGAUCACUGUUGUCUGUUAAACUAGGUUUUGGACUGAUCUGUAGACUGGAAGAUUACUUGAACUGGUGAUAUUUAAUGUGACUUGUGUUAAAUUCAAGUGGGCCGCUGGUCUAAAUAUGGAGUGCAUAUUAAUGUACCAUUAAGAAAGGCUUAAUGCAUGUUGAUGUCCAAAGAGCAGUCUUUUCAGGUAUCGGUGCCACUGCAGACUCAUUAGGGGUCAUUAUCUGAAUGUUUUUGUAUUUAGGUUACUGUAACUGAUAUUGACUGGAAUGGAUUCAGUUGCUUCAGUUUUAGUUCAUUUGCGCAAAUUGUUUCAACUCCAUUUGUGUGUGCCGUGGCUAUGUUUUCUAAACAUUUGCACUGAGUGAAAGAUAAUUAAUAAUAAAUAGGCCAUUGUACAGUGAGAAUGGGCAAGGCAUUAUCUGUUUUCUCUGCUUCAGUUUGGCUGAAGAAACACUCUUAACCAUAUUCACUCUGAGGAGAAUCAGGUUGAUUGACUAGACAGGUUUACUGACAUAUUUUAUAAUGAGAUGUUUUCUCUUCGAUUGUGCAUAAGAAGUUCUUUAUGCAGGAAACAAAGUAACUGUUAAGUGUAUCAUUGGAUGAAAUUACUGGUUAAUGUCAGCUCAGGGCAUUGGAGACAGUAUUUCAAACGUAUGGCAUGUCCAGCAUUUGUAUUGUAUUUAGUUGAUGUGGCAUUAUUUGUUAAGGAUGUUUUGGGAGGUUGUGUCUGUAGUACAUUUGUUUAUGUAUACACUUGAUUGACGAGAUGCCAAUUGUGAGCCAUUGGAUCAUAAUAAGUUAGCAUUAAGCUUAAGAAUUGAGGCUCACUCACAAGUAAUGCUACCAAUAAGCACGAUUGCAGACUGUCUGCAAUCAAGGUCAUUAGCUCUACUGGUGUUGUCACUUCCUUAGGACUCUGCCAAUGUCCUUGUUGAAUACUUAGAUUUUCUUAUGUUUUGUGGACAGUUUAUAAUGGCUGUCAAUUUGUUAGCUGUUGUGAGAAUGUGUCAUGACAGGAGGAACAAGAGUAGCCUACUGUACAUGUUUUGUCAUGGUUAAGAUGUCAAAUGCUCCAUAGGAGAAGCCACACGUUAUACCCCUGACCCCAUACCACUAUCACACACUUGGCAUCAGAAACAUCAAGGCUCAGUUACGGUACAAAUGUAGUUGUCAAAAUGGGCUUUUUUAUUUUUCUUAAAUUUACUGUCAGUUAUUCUAAAGUGUCAAUACAUGGAGACACCUAAACAAAAUAAAUGAGUACUUUUCCCCCAACACA